CCAGAAUGCUCCAGCCAGCAUGUUUCUAUCUAAACAAGCAUAGGAUUGCACCCUAAAUUAAUAUUUUUCACAUUUGACACUCCUGUGUGGACAAAGCUUUUAAAUGAUCAAAUGUAACAAUCCAAGUUUUACAGGGUGUGUUUUUCUUCAGGCAACUCUCGCUCUGUUUGCAACGAUGCCACCGCAGCAAGAAAACUAAAACCCAACCACUUCUAAACAAUAACAAGAGACAUAGUACCCGGUCCUACCUUCUCUACAAGUGGAGAUAUGUUGGAUUAUCUGCUAAAUCUGGGGAAAAUAGACAGAAAAGACGGAUUACUGGUCACCUGGUACCAUGCUGCAAACAGAAAGAGUGAGAUGGAAGAGGCUUUAAAGAGUGAUGUUAUGGCCCUGGAAUCCGAUGUCACCAUUGAAGGAUACAACACACCCAAUGAAACGGACAGGCCCAUCAUGGCCCAUCCCCCUGACAUCUACAGUGAUAACACUCUUCAGGAAUGGCUGGAGACAGUGCUUAAGUUAUCCGAUAAAGCCAUCAAGCUGGAUUUCAAAAACAUCAAGUCUUUUGGCCCAUCACUGGAUAUCUUGCUCAAAACCUCCUCUCAGCUAAAUAUUGACAGGCCUGUGUGGCUAAAUGCAGACAUUCUGAAUGGCCCAAAUGUACCCUUUAACACUGCAGUGAAUGCAAGCCUAUUCCUUUCACUCAUCCAGGAGACGUUCCCAAACUGCACUGUUUCCCCAGGAUGGACAACGCUCUAUUUGCCUUUCUUUCCAAACAAGACCUAUACACAGAAAAUGGUUGAGGAAAUGCACAGCCUUGUGGGAAAGCUGCCUCAGCGAAUCACCUUCCCCGUGAGAGCUGUCAUGGCAAGGCUGGCCUGGCCUCAUUUGAGUUGGCUUUUGAAGCAGUCCAACAGGUACAGCCUGACUUUGUGGCAAGGGAAGACUGAUCCAGUAAGAGUAGAAGAUCUCCUAUUUAUUCGAAAUAAUAGCCAACCUGAACAAAUCUAUUAUGACCUCUUUGAUCCUGUUUUGUCUCAGUUCAAAGACAUAGCAUUCAGUUCCUCAAGAAAUAUUUUCACCCGAGUGUGAUGGAUCCUUUGUAGAGUUACCUGGAAGCCACGGCUGCAUCAACAGGUUGAGAAAGCCAUUGCUUGACAGGCUAUGCUUAAACCAUCCCAUUUGGCUGUGACCACUUUAAAACCAGUGUUAAAGCAGAAGACAUAGUACUCAAGAAAGUGACCGAACAAAUGAGAGAAAUUGAACCGAACUCAUUAACUGAUUUUGAACAUGAGUGUUAACAAGAUAUGUCUGAAGCACCGUCAGUAGAGUAAUAAAUUGCGCCUGGAGUGUCAGGUGGCUGCUUUGGCCAGGGGCACCUUUGUCCAGCUUCUACUGGUGCACCAGUUGUGCCCGUUCUUGGAGAAGGCAGAUCUGGCCACAGUGAUCUAUGCCAUAGUUUGCAAUUCCAUGUAUGUUAAGACAGAAAAAACCCUACAGUUCCCAGCAUUCCCCAACCAGCACCUCCCAUUUAUUCUACUGCAACACACUGUAUGUGGGAUUGCCCUUGAAGAGCGCUCAGAAACUGCAGCCAGUGCGAACUGGGGUGGCCAGCCUGCUUUCAGGUAUCUCCCUUAUUGACCUUAUUGUACCUGUUUUGCAUCAUUGUGCUGACUGCCAGUUUAUUUUCAGGGACUAUUAAAUGGCUGGUCCUUACCUAUGUCCCUAAAAAAUUGGGUCUAGGAUAUUCAAAAGGCCACCUCCUCCUUUAUGAUCCCAUCCAUGGUUUGUAGGCCCUGCUGUGUGUUUUAUCACCAAAGUUAGAGGGAACAUGGGACAAGGCCUUCUCUGUGGUGGCACCCCAAUUGUGGAAUACUCACUCUAAGGAGGGUAGGCUGGCCCCGCCUUAGUUUAGUUUUGGGUGAGCCAUUAAAAUGUUUGUACUGCAUGGCUUUUGAAUGAUUUAAAACACAUUAGCUCUGCUCGCUGUAUUUAAAAGAUUGUUUUUGUACUGAUCUUAAUUUUGAAGUGUUAUGAUGUUUUAUGGUUUAAAAAAUUUUUAGGCGCCAGUCAUAUGUCCAUUUACCUUGGAAUAAGCCCCAUUGAACUCAGUGGGACUUGCAUCUGAAUAGACAUGUACAGGAUUGCGCUGUCAAAAUUUUAAAUUGUAAGUCACUUUGUGGGCCCUUUCUAGGCCGGAAAGUAAAGAAACUUUAGAAGGGUUAGACAUUUUAAAAACACCGUUUUUAUUAGCACUUAAAGGCAGAUAGGCAAAGUUCUGUGUAAUUUGUGCUUUGAAAGACAUGCAGGCUCUGCACCAAAGUAAGAAACUCUGUUUCAAGAAAAGGCAAAUUAGAUAACCUAAGUAAAUUAUGCAAAUCGAAUUGACCUGCCUCUUUAUUUCAUAUUGUUUAUUCUAUGCAGAGCACUGGCACUCCAUCUGUGUGGAUAGUGUCAUUAUGGAGUCUAAUCACUAGGUGGCACUGGACUUAGUUGUAUCUGGGUUUCCUGUUGCUGUUCUUGCUGGAGAGACAAUAAAAGUUCUCAUCUAGCUUCCUGACUGGUGCGUCCUCUAAGCCUCCCAUGACACCAUCCAUCUACCUGACUCUAGUCUCUGAAAUUGAUUAUUCAUGGUUCAUAUGUUUUCAAUAUUAUUUCUGGACCUUUAAAGUGCUAGGAACUUGAUUUCUUUAAAAUUAAAACUGAGCUAUUGAUGUCUGUUAUUGAUGACUUCCGUUUUCAUGCCUGCAUACUGAGAGUGCGGAAGGAUGGAAUACAGCAAAGCAAGAAAACAUUACAAGCAAACUGAAGUUGGGCAGAUAUCUGUAGCCUUCAGCCAUUGUGAUGCCAGGGCCCACAGUCAGUUCUAGCGUACACUGUGUUACACAAGUGCCUUCAGUCAUACAAUGUCAUCACAUGCACAACAAGUAGCUCAACCUCUGUGACCUACCCUGGUGAUAGGACAGGUAAAUGAAACCUUCCCCGAGUGUUAUAACUACUGUCAGAAGUAGGGAGUGUAUGGGGUUAAGUCAGAGUUGGGAAACUUUGACCCUCUGUAAGUUGUUAGGCUUCAACUCUCAUCAGCCCUAGUCAGCAUGGCCAAAGGGCAGGGGUGAUGGGAAUUGUAGUCCUACGACAUCUGAAAUGCUAAGGUCCCCCAGCCCUGGUUAAGCAAGUGUACACACAAAGCCCUCUGAAGUAUGAAGAGAAAAGGAAGAUGUGAACACACACACAACUUCACAUGAGUCGUGAGGCAUCUCCAGGGAUGAACCAGGCAGCCCCUUCCUGACAAAUGCAAAAUGAGGAUUCUUCUUUUCUUUAUAAAUACACUUUUAUUGCCAUUCAUUUCAAUAAACACCCACAGCUCUGAGAAGCAAUAAAAGAUACUGGAAGCCAGGACCGAUAAGAUUUGUGCCAAAGCAUAGGAGACAAGGCAAAACGGAAGAUCAGGUGCUUAGUGAUCAAAGAAGAGAAGAAUAUUUCUGCCAAACUACAAGAAGGUCAAGUCUGAAAGAUCUUUACAUGAGAGAAAUAACUGCUCUGUGACAAAAUAACCUAAUCUCCCUCAGGCUCUGCCUGAUAAAAAAAAAGAAAGAACAGACAACUAUCCAACAUUCAGGGAAGACUAAGGAAGACACAUUCAUAAAGAAUGUUUAAAAUUUCAUCACACAUGUGACGUGAUUUAAUACUUUGUUGCACUUGUGUAGUGUGUCCUGAAAUAAAGUGGUUACUUAAUGCUGAAAGUACCCUCCACCAAUUCCAAUAUUAUUCUGUAGAUCCUUACAAUAAAGAACAAUAUUUCCUAUGAA